AUGGCCACCGUCAACGGGAGUUUUGUCUCCCCCUCGGCCGAUGCCACCAUCGUGCCCCAAUUGUUCGCUCCCUCCGGUUUGAUCGGCUCGGUCCUCGAGGGCUUCACCGUCUGGAAGGCCCUGCUGACUCUCUUCCUUGCCGCUGUGAUCUAUGACCAACUUCGUUACUUUUGGCUGAAGGGCUCUAUUGUUGGACCAGCAAUGAAGCUGCCUUUCAUGGGACCGUUCCUCCAAUCCGUCAACCCCAAGUUCCAUGAGUACAAGGCCAAAUGGGACAGUGGAGAGUUGAGCUGCGUUUCCGUGUUCCACAAGUUUGUCGUAAUUGCAUCCACCCGUGACAUGUCCCGGAAAAUCUUCAACUCUCCCGCCUAUGUGAAGCCCUGCGUGGUCGACGCGGCUCACAAGCUGCUUGGUGCGGACAACUGGGUGUUUCUGGAUGGUCGAGACCACGUCGACUUCCGCAAGGGUCUGAAUGGCCUCUUCACUCGCCAGGCCCUUUCGUGCUACCUCCCGCGCAUGGAGGAGGUGUACAACGACUACUACGCCCGCUUCCUGAAGAAGUCCAAGGAUGUCAACUACAAGCCCGUCCCGUGGAUGCCCGAAUUCCGUGAGCUCAUGUGCGCCGUCUCCUGCCGUACCUUUGUCGGUCACUAUAUUACCGACGAGGCCGUCCAGAAGAUCGCCGACGACUACUACCUGAUUACCGCUGCCCUUGAGCUGGUUAACUUCCCUAUCAUCUUGCCUUACACCAAGACCUGGUACGGAAAGAAGGCCGCCGAUAUGGUUCUGGAGGAAUUCUCCAAGUGUGCUGCGAAGAGUAAGGCCCGCAUGGCUGCCGGUGGCGACAUUUCUUGCAUCAUGGACGCAUGGGUCAAGCAACAGCUGGAUUCGGCCCGUUACCGUGAGAAUGUCGCCAAGGGCGUUCCUGUGGAUGAGAACGAGAAGCCCGCCCAGGUUCUGCGUGACUUUACCGACUACGAAAUCGCCCAGACCAUCUUCACUUUCCUGUUCGCCUCCCAGGACGCUACCAGCGCCGCGUGCACGUGGCUGUUCCAGCUCAUGGCCGAUCGCCCCGAGGUUCUGGACAAGGUCCGGGAGGAGAACCUGCGCGUGCGCAACGGUGAUGUCAACGCUCCCCUGACGAUGGAUGUCCUCGAGAGCCUGACCUACACCCGUGCCGUGGUCAAGGAGACCCUGCGUUAUCGUCCUCCUGUCAUCAUGGUCCCUUACCUCGUGAAGAAGGACUUCCCCGUGACCGACAAGAUCACCGUGUCCAAAGGCUCCAUGAUCAUUCCGUCCGUGUGGCCUGCUACUCACGACGAGGAGGCCUAUCCCAACGCUGACUCCUUCGACCCUGAUCGCUGGAUUACUGGUACCGCCGAGCAGCAAUCCAAGAACUGGCUGGUUUUCGGCACUGGCCCCCACUACUGUCUUGGACAGAACUACGCUACCUUGAACUUGAUGGCGAUGAUCGGCAAGGCCAGUAUGGAGAUGAACUGGGAGCAUACCCCCACUCCGCAGUCCGAGGACAUCAAGGUGUUCGCUACCAUUUUCCCUCAGGACGACUGCCUCCUGACUUUCCGCCCCCGCGCUUAA